AUGGAGAUGUCUCGCCCCCUCCUAUCCUUUGGCUUCAACCCAGCGACUCCUUUGGACGUCGAUCUGACCCUUGACCCUGGCCUCUACGUAGAGCAAUACCUCCCAACAAUAGACACCAUCACCCCGCGAGCUUUGGCCCGUCGCAACGCCAAGGCUCACGGAGCGCCGCCUAGUCGAAGAAGCACGCCCCCCCCUGUCCUAACCCCCCGCUCCACUCAAACCGAGCUUCUUGACCCCGGGGGUCCCGGUAAAGCCCUCACGGUGGUUGUGGGUGUGUUUCUCCCCGUCCCGGUGCCCAGGAUGACACACACCGCCUGUUGCCUCUGCAUGCUCCGCUCCGGACCCCAAGGUGGUAUCACUCUCUCAGCUUGCCACCAACUCAACGUAAAACGGGUGCACCGCACAACGGCUCAAAACCACUACUACGCCGUGGGUGCAAAGAGAAGAGACCAGUAUGAGAAUGUGGAACUCCAUAGCGACCUGAACAGCUACUCCGACAAUCGCUCCGGCCCACACCGCUCUGGUGCGCCGCUCAUCUUGCUGUGCAUCCCGCCAGUCAAAGAUUCUGCCACGCACCGCAGCUUUCUGCGUGACCUGUAUCCGUACCUUAAGUGGCCGUUCUCGUACUCUCUUGUGCAACCGGCUCCACUCCGAGUCCCCUGCUGGGGACACACCCAUCGCGAUCGCAUGGAGACGGAGGGUGCACCCGAUAUAAAGGACAGAGCUGCUCCUGUUUCCCAUCCUCGCUCCCUGCGUGCGUACACUGCCAGAUUACGGGCUCGCGUGGUUAUGGCCGCAGCCCGGAGCGCGUAUCAUUCACGCGGUCCUGCGCGCCACCUAUCUCCGGAGCGCAGUAACACUGAACGAACAAUGAGGUGCGAUGCGCUGCCCCCCGGUUGCACCCUAGUACCCAAGCUCUCCCGCCUAUCGCUGUAUCUUGCUCACGGACCCCGGUGA